UAUUAGAGGAAAUUCGGCAUUAAGGUAGUUGGUGUUGAUGCCGGUGGCCUUUGUUGUUGGAAUAUUGAUUUGUCCUUGUUACAGGUUAAAAUUGAAGCAAACAAUCUAUUGAACAGAAAAAAAUCAUACAAGAUGUCGACGUUUGAUUCUAAAGAGCACCCCCACAUAAGAUAUAACCCUCUGAUGGAGGAAUGGGUGACAGUGUCUCCUCACAGAAUGAAGAGGCCCUGGAAGGGGCAGGUGGAGAAACCGGAGGAAGAAGAGAUCCCAAGUUAUGAUCCCAACAACUCGCUGUGCCCCGGAAACACUCGGUCCAGCGGAAAAGUCAAUCCCCACUACAAGGGAACGUUUCUGUUCGACAAUGAUUUUCCAGCUCUUCUAAAGGAUGGACCUGCCCCUUCUGCGAACCCUGACCCGCUGUUUCAGUCCGCCCCGGCUUACGGAGCCUGCCAAGUCAUGUGCUUCCAUCCGCGAUCUGACCUCACCCUCCCACUGAUGUCCCAGUCCGAAGUCAGGGAGGUAAUUGACAAGUGGGCCGAAAUCAACACAGACCUCGGAAAGAAGUAUACGUGGGUCCAGAUCUUUGAAAAUAAAGGAAAUGUUAUGGGCUGCUCCAACCCUCACCCACAUUGCCAGGUGUGGGCCAGCUCCUAUUUCCCCAAUGAUCCUGCAAAGAAACACCGAACACAGAGAGAGUACUACGACAUACACAAGGUGCCCCUCCUGGUGGACUAUGUGAAGAAAGAGCUCCAAAAACAGGAGAGGGUUGUCCUACAGAACGAGCACUGGGUGUGGCUGGUCCCAUACUGGGCCAUCUGGCCCUACGAGACGAUGCUGCUCCCAAAACGACACGUCCUACGCAUCGAGGAUCUCACGUCAGCCGAGAGAGAUGCCCUAGCAGACAUAAUGAAGAAACUCCUCACAAAAUAUGAUAAUAUGUUUGAAGUCUCGUUUCCAUAUUCCAUGGGUUGGCAUGGAGCCCCUACAGGGGAUUACCUCCAACAAGACAACAGCCACUGGCAGCUCCAUGCUUUGUACUUCCCCCCUCUGCUGAGGUCAGCUACAGUAAAGAAAUUCAUGGUGGGGUAUGAGAUGCUGGCUCAAUCUCAGCGGGACCUAACAGCAGAACAGGCUGCAGAGAAACUGAAGAGUUUACCCGACGUCCAUUAUAAAUCCCAGAAUUCCUAGCGGUCCAUCAGGAUGAGUGCUCAGUUGUGCCAAAUCGUAAAGUCAUGUUCAGCUGACGUUUUAAGUUUGAAGUCAUGUAAAAUACUGUAGAUUUCUUAUUAUACCCGAGUACUUAAGUCAACGAUUCCCCAUUUUGCAUCAAAUUGCGUGAAUAAAAAAUCGCAAAUUUGGAA